AACAGUUUAAUAAAUAAAUUAAAAAACAAGUGUUCAAAAGAACGAGCGUAAAAAGUAAUAAAAAUUUUUAUUCUAACACAAAAUCAUAACCGUAUUCUGUGAGCGGCUGAGUCUGCAAAUCAAGAAUAAAAUUUAAAAUAAAGAUAUAUAUGAAAUAAUUUCAAGGUUAUUUAUCUUACGUUAUACCAAACGAGCAAAUAAUAAUAAGUGGACGGAGCGCAUGAAAAAACUAGGCGAAAAGAAAGCAAUAAUAAAAUAACACACAAAAGCACAAACAUGCUUUGAGCGAAAGAUUUUAUUAAAAUACCGUAAAAUAUUUUUUUAAAUUAUGGCAAAGACAUGAAAAGUCAGAUACAAACUAAAUAUUUAACUAAAAAAAAGUAAAAAACAGGUUUAAUGUUAUAUAAAUUAAAUGAAUGUGUUUAAUUGCUUUUUAUUUUUUGUUUGUGUGUUUGUUGUAGAUGGCAAAAACUUAAAUUUUUAUUAUAAGAAUUUCUAAACUAUUUUUGAACACUAUUAGGCCUUUCUAUAAAUGUCCUUUUGUAAUAUUGAAAAAAAAAGAAGGAAAACUAACAUUUUAUACGACAUCAUUUUGGAUAUUACUUAUGGGAAGGAUAUUAUCAUUACUCUUUUUAAGUUUGCCUCAACCCAGCAGCCAGCAAUAUCUUCGCAUAAACUCUACGACUUUUUCUGCAUCUACAUUUUAAGGAUUAUGAUUUAUGCGUUCAUUUAAACAUAUAUCUAUUUAUAAUCGGUAACACACAUAUAUUAUGCAUGUAUAACGCCUACACCAACAUCAUCUACCACAAAAAGUAUUAUUAGCCAUAGUCCCAGUAUCGAUGACAGUCAAAUACAUACAUGCAUAAAAAAUUGAGAAAAUAUGGUUGAAGAGAUAAAAAUUUUACAUUUAAACUACGUUUAUUAUACUCAUAGCUUGUAACGUAUACGGUAACAAAAGCAGGUUUAAGGACAACGUGAAUAAUAAUAAAACAAUAAUAAGCAACGCAGCAGCAGCUGAAGCAACAUAAAUAAAGGACAUCACCUUAAGAGUUAAGCACGUACAUAUAUACAUACAUUAAUUAAGGCAGUUAAGAUAAGCAACUUAAAGGCUGAAUAUAUUCUGAAAAUACGAAAUAAUUAAAGCAGAAACAAAAAUUAGAUAAGAAAAAAUCAUUGAAAAUGACAACAACAAAAAAUCUGAAGUUAGAAGUCCCCCCAUAACAGAUAUAAAUUAAUGAUCCAGCAUAAAAAACACAAGCGAGACUGAUUUUGACAAAGAUCUCUAGGUAAAGAGAAGGACUUAAAAGGCGAGGCAACACAACAUAAUACACAAUAAGAAAGAUACUCAAGAGGACUGCAAGCAACCAGGAAAACACAAAAAAUACAAAAUUCAAAGGCCCAAGAAAGGCAGAAAGGAAUUUAAAAAGCCGCCAUAAGCCCUCUAAAGCUACAAGUGAUUCGGAUUUAAUCCAACAACAAAAAUAAAACAAAAAAAAAAGCAAACACAAAACGCUAAAUUAAUUUUUGGAAAAUAUUUUUCGAAUAUUGUGUUUUUACCUCUUCUUCGGAAAAAUGUUGAAAAAAUUGAAAUGUUUAGAAGCUAAGGCUAGAUUGGCCAGAGAAAUUACCGCUAAUAAUAUGGGAGUAGCCAACUCCACUAACACAAUUAGCGUUGCCUCAUCACGUAGUUCCAGCAUGGAAGGUAGUGCGAUAACGAACACAAAUUUAAGAGGAGUAGUUAAAACCGAGCCACUGGACUAUGAAUUGUUGCAUCUAGAAGAAAGUGAGAGACAUUUGCAACGAGAUUCGGAAAGUGCGGUAAACAAUACUUCUAACAGUGUGACGAGCAACACAAUGAACAAUAGCAGCAACAAUAACAACAAUCCACCUCAAAGAUAUCAACAUGUGCAAGUACAAACAGUGCCUCCUCGUCAGGGUUUGAGUAGCAAUCAAGGUACCCAAAAGGUUAUACUGACACCACGCGUGGAAUACGUACAAAUACCGGUUAACAGUUGUGCAGAGAGAAAUGCCACAGUUUCGGCAGCAUCUGUAUCUCCACAAAUCAUAAUAACUCGUACCUUGCCUACCACAACUACAUCGUCAUCCGCUUUGUCUGCCUCUUCCUGUACGUCAGCCAAUCAGCAGCUUGCAGCACACUCAUCUCAGCAACAUCAUAUACCUCGAAGACAUUCAGCUAGCCCAUCACAUUAUCAACGAAUAACUGCUAUAAAUGUGGCUCAAAGUAGUCAUUCAGCACCAUCUUCGCCUCCGCCACUUCAUCAUCAGCAGCAGCAGAACAGUACAGUGGGCUCUAAUCAGUUGCUGCAACAUGUUCGUGUUAUACAGAAUGGACGCUUCUAUGACGAUGCAUUAGGCAGUGCGACAUUACGACGUCAAACGGUUUCGCCACCGCCUUUGCAGCAUUAUUCGCGUUCCGCGCCGGUUUCACCAGCACCCGGGGCUGGUUUCGUUCGACGUUACACACCGCAAUCACCACCUUUGCUACCACCACCUCCUCCGGCACCGUCAGCCUCAUCAACAACUCUGUCUUCAAGUGGAGGAUCUACAUCGCCAACAUCGGCAACAGGUCAGCAAUAUUUAAUAGCUCAUACACCAACACGCAAAUAUGUUUUAACUACUUCCACAAGACAAGUAAACGUUAUUUCUGCUAAAAAUUCAUCAUCGUUGUCUUCAUCCACAAAUCAGCAACAUGCUUACGCUAUUCCGCAUUCUUCGUCUUCAACAUCUUUGCAAUCGCAACCAUUAUCGAUCCAUCAGCAUCAUCAUCAACACCAUCAGCAUAUGAAUUCUCCUUCAUCAUCAUCUAACUCGUCACCAUCACCACUAGCUUCCUCUUCUACAAAUGCAUUACAAUCUUCUACUUCUGUGUCUAAUCACAUUUUUCGUACUCCUGUAGUUUCCAGCAGCAUGAAUGUUACUGGAGCUCUUGGUAUCGGAGGUAGUGGUGGACCUGGUGGUGGUAGUAGUAGCAGCAGCAGUAUUAGCGGUCACUGCAGCGGUUUAAACGGUUCUGGCUCGUCGUCAUCAUUAACAUUAUCAGCAACUGCAUCAUCAUCCUCAACAUCGUGUCCGACAGCAUCCAAUUUAAGUCCAAAUUGUGAAGAACCUUCCAGUUCGAUUCCCGAUUUAGGUGAGUAA